GUUUUAGAGUGCUCAACUACGAAUUCUAACUAGUUGGAUUAUUCGGAAUUGCACUCUUCCGAACUGCCGAUAUAGAAUCUGGGCUAUUCUGCUUACAAGCCAAGCAAAAUGGCAAACUACAUCGCGAAAUCUCUCGUAAGCAAGCCUUUGGAUGCUGUGAAAAAUGUCACCAAGGAUGUCACCACAAAGCAAGCAUGCGAAGAGGAAUUGGAAGCUCAAUUGGCAGCUGCAGAAGAGAAACGUCGGGAAAAAUUUGAAAAUAUGGAAGAGGAACGUGAAGUUCUUCGGCAAACGAUACGUGAUAAGUAUGGAAUAAAGAAAAAGGACUUUUUGGAUGUCGCAGACAUCAGCACACGUCGUAGGUCCUCAGCUUCAUCACAGCGACCGUCGGAUGCCAGUCUCUCUGCACCCAAACGAACCCCAAACGAGGAUUCUUUACCAGUAAACCUGCCCCCAAUCUUGCGGGACGCUGCGAACAAAGCGGCUGCGCUGCCACAAAAAAUCAUUUCCGAGGCUAACGAGAAAUGCGAACUCAUGUGAAAUCUUGUUUCCCAUUUUACAUAUUUGUGUAUUUUUCAAGUAUUUAAUAGUCAAGAGACCAGAUGUGUUACGCAAGAUUGCUGUAGUGUUUACCGUUUUAAUAUAUCUAUGUACACAUCCACCCACCGCCGAAGACCCUAAGCAAACCACCGUCCAUUAUAAAUGUUCAAAUUGGGCACAUGGAUUCCCCAAUUUUUUUUCUCAUUUUCACGCAAAUUUAUCACGUGUGCUGUUGAAGCAAAAUGCUAUUUUUUAUUCCG